CAUUAUCAUUGUCAAUUCUAAAAUGAAAUCGUAUCCUGGUUACCUCGAAUUUGUGUGACGUUAACCUCGGCUUGAUCCUUUUCCUCCCAAAUCAGAAUCAAAUUCCCUAUUCUCAUCGCCCUAGUUCCAUCAUUUCCACUCCAACAUCCCCAAAAAUUGAAGACUCUGUACAUGAACGUUCUGCUACACCUGCCACAGCGCCCUCCGCUUUGUCCCGACCGAAGAAAUCAGACGACCACCCUCCCUCUACGGCUCCACCGAAGCGCAGCCGGUGUAGAUGGAAACUGAAGCCGGUCGACAACCCAAGCCAGAGCGCUCAAGGACAAGAUGGACAGCAUCCCUUGACAAGAUAUUUGCCGACUUGGUUGUCAAGCAGAUUCAGUUGGGGAAUCGACCAAACAAUGUUUUUGACAAGAAGACAUGGAAUCACAUUCGUGAUGAGUUUAAUAGGCAGACAGAUCUAAACUUCAAUAAUAAUCAACUGAGGAAGCAUUUGGAUGUUCUUCGAACGCGCUUUCACAAUUUGAAGUCUGCUUAUGAUCAGAAUAAUGACUUUGUUAUGAAUGAUUCUUGCUGCAUUGGUUUUGAACUCUGGGAAGAUUUGGGGGCUCAGCAUAGGCCUGAAGCAGUUAAAGUGAAAGACUGCCCUAUAUAUGAGCAGCUAUGCACAAUCUUCACAGAUCCAGCUGCUGAUGGAAAAUACGCUCAAUCUAGUCAUUAUGAAGAGUUGGACAAGUCCAUUGGAACGAAUGCUGCUGGUUUAACGUCAUGUCCGGAAGGUGGAGUCUCGCAUACUGAAAACCCAUCAUCAGUAUCAAAGCCAGUGCAGGGGAAUGCCUCAACUCCAGAGAAGGUAACAAAGAAUCCUUCAGAUAGGAAAAAGAAACGUCCAUCUGAGACUCAAACUCCCAGUUUCGAUCGAGACACGUGUGAUGCCAUGGCUGAGGCUUUGUUAGAGAUGGUUGCUGCUUCAAGGCUAAGGACGGUUGCUUCAACUGCAAGUGAUGAUAAAUAUUCCAUCACAAAUUGCAUCAGAGCUCUGGAUGAGAUUGAAGCCAUUGAUCAGAAGCUCUACCUUUCUGCAUUGGACCUCUUUGAGAACCCUAGUUUAAGGGAGACUUUCAUUUCCUUAAAAAGUGACCAGAUACGACUGGCGUGGAUUCAAGGAAAGUGUGGUAAAAGUUCUUCCUCUUAGACUAAGGUCAUUUUGGUGGUGGCAUUGAGCAGUGUUGAUUUGCUCGGGCACAGCCUACGAAUUUUGUUUAUAACAUGGCCUUCUUUUGCUGGAAAUGAUACUGCUUUAGUUACAACAAAGUCACAACCUGCUGCUGGUUCA